AGUGCUCUUGCCCAUGCAGUACAACUGUAAUCAUCCUACCUCAUAGUCGGUCUAUCAGAAAUGAUUUACCCAUUCCGUACAACUGAAUUGGCUCUGAGAGACUCUGCAUGGUCCGAAGUUCUGGAAUUGUACCCUAUCUCGAGCCGGGCUUCCUGUCUCACGGACUUGCACCGACGCUAUCUUUUACCAAUCGUUGAACCAUCUCUGAAUGCGGUCACUGAAGCACGGAUACACCUGCACAGAGCUAAACAUACUGUGUUUGCUUCGCCACACAUCAAUUCCCUUCAAGAGCCUUCCACGCUUUGCCUCAGUAUUCUUGGUGCGCUGUUCUGGUUUAUCUGCCUUCGACUAUGUUCUCGCCGCAGGGCAAAGGAGAUCGACCCCACGCCAGCGCUGAAAGCACUCUCUGCACUUGUUGUACCUACCCGUUCUCGCUGGCCUUCCGCGUUUUUGCAUGUUGCUCGCCACGCUUCUGCUUCCCGAGGCAAGACCAUAACGCUUCCUUUCCGAAUGCUCUAUGCCCAUACUCGUUCUGGAGAGGUCGAAUUCAGAUGGGACAACGGCAGCUUGCCUGCUUUGAUGUCGAGCCAAUUGGUUGUCGAUGGAUGGCAAAUCCGUCUGGAAGUGGAAAACUCAUGGAGGAGACUUUUGAGCUGGCGCAUCUUCACGUCGCGUCUAUCUUCUUUGACGUUCGAGCCUAAUUCUGCGUUGCCUUCGGAGACAAAGAGCGAAAUCUUGCCUAAUGCCGCUGUGGAUGCCCCCGGGAGUUGGCCAAUCCGUGAAGUCGUUCUUGACGCUGUGCCGGCUUCCCGCCUGCCAUCAUUCAUCCAAGCUAUUCAACGUCGAUCUGAGAAAUCGUUCAUCCUCAGUUUUUCUACUAGAAGCACUGCGGAGCCUCUCCAGGAUGUGUCAUUUGUCCUAGCUUCACUGCCAUUCCUGUUGCGGCGGUAUCACAGAUCCAUGCCUAUGGCAAGGUCCUCCCGAGUAGCCACCCCGCUCUUCACCCCUAUCGAUGCCAUCGUGAAGAUCCUCUCUUCAGGGCCUUCCCCUUUUGUUGUAGAGUCCGUGAAGAACGUGUCUCAAUACCACGCGAACACGCUUGAAGCCUAUGUCGAAAGCUUGGAGACCGAAGUGCUCGUGCGAACGCAGUGUAUAGAAACAUGUGGCAUUGAUGGAUGGAGAGAAGACCGAUUCAUGGCCGCCUGGGAAGCUGCGUUAUUCACCUCCGGCCUCUUGUCGCGUUGGGCUGUAGUAGUUUCCAGACGGUAAUAGUGGAUCCCGUUUGUUACAGUCCGCUGCAGAGAACGAUACGCUGACCAGUUUCGCAUUAUUGAUGAAAUAUUGUCUACCUCCUCGCUAUCUCCAUUCUCCAACGCAGUCCGACAGUCCGAGUCAAAGUCC